AUGACACAUGGCUCAUUCGCGGUCCUCGAUAAUCAGCGAAACCUCCCUGCUAUUCUGGGCAGAAAGAAGCAAGAUUUCUCGAGUUGGGAUGUUUGGGUCGCUUCUACAGCGUAUUUCCCCACUACCAUUCAGUCCGCUUUUCACAUCAGCAUGUCCAGUUUUAGGCCCACCCCUUAUGCCUCCAAGUCGGUCAUCGAACAUCUAUUCCUCGAACCAGGUGAACUGGACGUGUUCCGAGGACUGGAUCAUGUUGCCUAUACAGGGGGGCCAUUGUCUUCAAGCAUAGCGGAGCAGAUUCGCCAAGUGAGCGGCAUAAUCACUUUCUAUGGAUCUACUGAGACAGCUUGCCUGCCUCAACUUGCUCCAGACCCAGAGAACUGGGGAUGGAUAGAAUGGAACCCCUACAUGAAGGUCCAAAUGGAGAAGACCGAUGAUCUAGAGCAAACCUUCGAGCUUGUAGUCGAGGUCGAUGAAAGGACAAAGGACUUCACCGGCUUAUAUCACAAUCUGGCUGGUAUUAUUCGAUACCCCACCGGGGACCUUUUCAGUCCUCAUCCAACCAAGCCGAACCUCUGGCGAUACUACGGCCGUAAAGAUGACAUCAUAGUUCUUUCCAGUGCGUCCAAGUUCAACCCUGUCCCUAUGGAGGCGUCCCUUCAGGAAAGUCUACUCCUCGCUGGUGCUCUUAUUGUCGGCCAAGGUAGACCUCAGCCUACACUGAUGGUUGAACCAAAUACAAACGCGCGUGUAGUGCGAGAACGAAUUCUAGAGCUCAUCUGGCCACUUGUCAACGAAGCCAAUCGGCUUGUCUCAGGCCAUGGAAGGAUCUUUCGAUCCAAAAUACUGGUAGCAAGCUUGGAGAAGCCCUUCAUUAGAGCUUCCAAAGGCACUAUCGUCCGAGGGCUGACGGAGCAGCUUUAUAAAAUGGAGAUUGAUUCAUUGUACUCUCGGGAUCUAGGCGCAGAUCAAAAAUUUGAUUUUUCGCUGAAGCCCUCCGUCGAAAACACAUUCCGGAUCGAAGAUAUCGCACAGUUCGUUCGUGACAUCAUUCUUGAAAGCUUCUUGGCGGCAGCUGAAGCAGGCCCUCAUGACGACCUCCUCUCACACGGCCUUGACUCUCUCCAAAUUGUACCACGAACGAUAUUCCAAAAUUCGACCAUCCAGGGUUUAACGACUGCCGCCUACAACUACCUCACUUUAAAGCACGUCCCUAGUCAUGACGACAACGCUGUCUGCUCCACCCGUAUGCAAGCAAUGGUUGCAAGAUACACAUCCGGGCCGAUCGCCAAGACUUCAAUACCAAAACAGCCGCUCCUCUUCCCAAAGCACAUCGCUCUAAUCGGCUACAAACGCUACUUCGGCUCCCAUCUCCUUCCUUGCUUUCUCGACUCUCCCUGGAUCUUUAAGAUCUACUGCAUGGAUACCCAUCUCGCCUGUCCUCCACCCGUCGCCACUUCCCAUCCCAACGCCUCAAAAGCAACCUUCCUCCCUAUCAAUUUCUCCCUCCCCAACCUUUCCCUCGACCACAUCCUCUACAAAACUCUAUUGGACGAUAUCGACGUCAUCAUCUACAAUGCCUGGAAACCUGACCUUGUCAACCCACUCGAAGCCUUCGAAAUACCCUUCAUCCGUGGCCUCCGCCAAGUCAUCGACUGGUCCAUCGCCAGCAUCCGCCGACCGCGCAUUGUCUUCAUCUCCUCUACUUGCGCGGUCGGAGACUGGGCGACUGUUAAGCCUAACGAGAUCCCGUCAACGGAAACGCCCCUCGAUAACCCAGCGGCGGCGCUGAAAAUGGGCUACUCCGAAGCCAAGUGGGGGCUGUGGGCAGAGCAGGAGUGGCUAGGUUCGCUGGUUCGGGCGUCGAGGGCUAUGGGGAUUAUUCCAGAGCACGUCAUGGCGGUUGAUUGGGUGCCGGUGGAUCAACUGGCGGAAGUGGUGAGAGAGGUGGUGGAUGUGAGGGAUGGGGGGCAGGAGCAUGGAUCGCGGAUGUUUAACCUGGCGCAUCCGGAGCCUAAGCCCUGGGAUAUUCUUGCCAGGACGUUGAGAGAGAGGUUUGGGAUGGAUCUGAGGACGGUGAGUUUAUUGAAGUGGAUAAGGGAGCUGGAGAGGAGAGGGAAUGAGGGGGAUUUGGAGGUAGUGGAGACAGGAGCGCUGGGGUUUUUGGAGGCGUAUAGGGUGUUCGGGAAUGGUAGGGGGUUUGAGUGGCUCCCGACGGAGGAGACAACGGCCGCAGCGGCUUCCAAAGUUGACUUGGAGCCGAUCACGAUUGAUCUUUUGGAGGCUUGGUUACGGGGCUGGAAGCUCUAG